AGCCUGCCUCCUCUUCUCCACAGGCCUCCAGGAGCCACCCUCACUGCCGGCCAUGGGAGCCAGGUGGCUGCUCGGCCCCCGGCCCCUGCUGUGGGCCUGCGCCCUUGUCUCCCUGGCCACAGCUGCCCUCCUCGGGUACAUCCUGCUCCAGGACUUCUGGGUGUUCCCCCGGGAGCUGGAGGAGGCCCACAAAGCCGGCCGGCCAGGACACUGGCCCACCCAGGAGCACCCCGGCCGCCCCAGAGCAGCGCCCACCCAGUGCGAUGUGGCCCCCAAAAGCCGCUUCGACUGUGCCCCGGACAAGACCCUCACCCAGGAGCAGUGCGAGGCCCGUGGUUGCUGCUACGCCCCUGCGAGGCGGGGUUCACGGCUCCUCCGCCUGGGGCAGCCCUGGUGCUUCUUCCCGCCCAGCUACCCGAGCUACAGGCUGGGGGGCCUGCAGCCCUCAGAGGCAGGCUGCACAGCCACCCUGACCCGUGCCUACCCCACCUUCUUCCCGAAGGACAUCCUGACCUUACGGCUGGACGUGCUCAUGGAGACUGACAGCCGCCUCCACUUCAAGAUCAGAGACCCCGCUAACAAGCGCUACGAGGUGCCCUUGGAGACCCCAAAGGUCCACAGCCGGGCGCAGACGCCCCUCUACAGCGUGGAUUUCUCGGAGGACCCCUUCGGGAUAAUCGUGCGCCGGAAGCCAGACGGCCGCGUUCUGCUGAACACCACGGUGGCCCCGCUGUUCUUUGCCGACCAGUUUCUACAGCUGUCCACCUCCCUGCCAUCCCGGCACAUUGUGGGCCUCGCUGAGCACCUCAGCCCCCUCGUACUCAGCACCUCCUGGACCAAGAUCACCCUCUGGAACCGGGACCUUGCCCCUACGCCCAACUCGAACCUCUACGGCUCCCACCCCUUCUACCUGGCGCUGGAAGAUGGCGGCUCAGCUCACGGAGUGUUCCUGCUCAACAGCAACGCCAUGGAUGUGGUCCUGCAGCCCACCCCAGCCCUCAGCUGGAGGUCGACAGGCGGGAUCCUGGACAUCUACGUCUUCCUGGGCCCCGAGCCCAAGAGCGUGGUGCAGCAGUACCUGGAUGUCGUGGGGUACCCAUUCAUGCCGCCAUACUGGGCCUUGGGCUUCCACCUGUGCCGCUGGGGCUACUCCUCCACUGCCAUCACCCGCCAGGUGGUGGAAAACAUGACCAGGGCCCACUUCCCCCUGGACGUGCAGUGGAAUGACCUGGACUACAUGGACGCCAAGAGGGACUUCACGUUCAACAAGGACGGCUUCGCGGACUUCCCGGCCCUGGUGCAUGAACUGCAUGCCGGCGGCCGGCGGUACGUGAUGAUCGUGGACCCCGCCAUCAGCAGCUCAGGCCCCGCUGGGAGCUACAGGCCUUAUGACGAGGGUCUGCGGAGGGGGGUCUUCAUCACCAACGAGACCGGGCAGCCGCUCAUCGGGAAGGUGUGGCCUGGGUCCACUGCCUUCCCCGACUUCACCAACCCCGAGGCCGUUGACUGGUGGCAGGACAUGGUGGCCGAGUUCCACGCCCAGGUGCCCUUCGACGGCAUGUGGAUUGACAUGAAUGAGCCGUCCAACUUCGUCAGGGGCUCUGAGGACGGCUGCCCCGACACCGACCUGGAGCACCCACCCUACCUGCCAGGGGUGGUCGGGGGGACCCUGCAGGCCCCCCCCGCCCGCCAGUUCCUCCUCACACACUACAACCUGCACAACCUCUAUGGCCUCACGGAAGCCUUCGCCUCCCAGAGGGCCCUGGUGAAGACUCGGGGGACACGCCCCUUUGUGAUCUCCCGUUCAACCUUUUCUGGCCAUGGCCGAUAUGCCGGCCACUGGACAGGGGACGUGCGGAGCAGCUGGGAGCAACUUUCCUACUCUGUACCAGAAAUCCUGCAGUUCAACCUGCUUGGGGUGCCCCUGGUCGGGGCGGACAUCUGUGGCUUCCAGGGCAACACGUCGGAGGAGCUGUGCGUGCGCUGGACGCAGCUGGGGGCCUUCUACCCCUUCAUGCGGAACCACAAUGACCUGCACAGCCUGCCCCAGGAGCCGUACAGAUUCAGUGAGCCGGCACAGCAGGCCAUGAGGAAGGCCUUCGCCCUGCGCUACACGCUGCUGCCCUUCCUCUACACGCUGUUCCACAGGGCCCACAACAACGGCGAGACCGUGGCCCGGCCCCUCUUCCUGGAGUUCCCUGAGGACCAGCGCACCUGGACCGUGGACCGCCAGCUGCUGUGGGGGGCGGCGCUGCUCAUCACCCCAGUGCUCGAGGCGGGGAAGACCAACGUGACUGGCUACUUCCCCGCGGGCACGUGGUAUGACCUGCAGACGGUGCCAGUAGAGGCCCUUGGCAGCCUCCCACUCACACCUCCAGCACCUCUCAGGGCCCCCAUCCACAGUGAGGGGCAGUGGAUGACGCUGUUGGCCCCCCUGGACACCAUCAACCUCCACCUCCGAGCUGGGUGCAUCGUGCCCCUGCAGGGCCCUGGCCUCACCACCACAGAGUCCCGCAAGCAGCCGAUGGGCUUGGUGGUGGCCCUGACCGAGAGUGGCGAGGCCCGUGGGGAGCUGUUCUGGGACGACGGCGAGAGCCUGGACGUGCUGGAACGUGGGGCCUACACUGAAGUCGUCUUCCUGGCCAGCAACAACACCGUCGUGAGUGAGCUGGUGCACGUGUCCGAGGAGGGGGCCAGCCUGCAGCUGAGGAAGGUGGCCGUCCUGGGGGUGGCCACUGCCCCACAGCAGGUCCUGUCCAAUGGUGUCCCCGUCUCCGACUUCACCUACAGCCCCGACACCGAGGUCCUGGACAUUCCGGUCUCGCUGUCAGUGGGAGAGCCGUUCCUCGUCCGCUGGUCUUGAUCACACCGGGGCCGCGUUCCAGCCCGCGGGCGUGCGCCCUACUCCAGUGUCCACUGUCGCCUCCCUCCUGGGCUCUCACCACGCCUCCCCGGGUGCCCUGGCUGUGCCCUGAGGGUGGCUCUGUGCUCAGCACAUGUCCUGUUUGGGCGGCCCCAGCUGCCACUAGCCGACUGUCCAGGCACCUGGAAGGUGGCGUCGGACAGAGAACGUGCCUCACCACGCGGCGUCCUGCUCUGGAGGGUGAAGGGCGGGUGGUGGCCGCCAGCCUGGCAUGUGAGCCCAGAGCGCGGGAGAAACCGCGGGACUGGAGAACCGUCAUCAGAGCAGUGCUAAUAAAAGGGGCCAGGGCCACGCCUCA